CAAAGCAAGCAAAUCACCCUCCUGGACCUGGAACUCUUACAACUUUGUAACUCAUUGCAUAUCCAAGAACAUCGAAAUGCCGCUACCCACGACGCUGACGGUGGUCCCGUUCACCCCCGCAUCUACGGCGACGAGCUCGUCGACCGUCUUCACCGAGAAGAUUAUUGUCACCGGCGAUAUCUCGCACUCGAGCUUCCAUAGGGCCAAGGAGGUUGCACAGGCAGCAGCCAAGCUCCCCAACAUAACCACCGAAUUCCACGCCCUCCCGCAAACCGCCUACACCCUCCGCCGCCACGCCCUCCAAUCGUCCUACUCGAACCUCCACGCCUCUUUAUUCCCACACACGCUAAUCGAGCUACACAGCACAACAACAACCACCCACAAACUCGUCAACCGCACCCGGAAAACGGAAGCCAAAACGACCAAGAAGCUGCUCAACGUCGCGGACCUGGUCACGUACGCCGAGGGGAAGAACGUCGCUAUGCCUAAAGCCACGGGGGAUGACGUAGCAACGAAGGAGCACACGCGGUUCUUGAAGAGCUUGGGCAACCCCGUGGUGAAGAUUGGGUUUGAAGCUGAGAAUGCCGACGGGAAUGGGGAAUUCGAGCCGCUGGGGAGGGAUGUAUUGAUCGAGCUGUUUGCGGAGACGUGUCCGAAGACUACGAGGCAUUUUCUGCAGUACGUGGAUGGCGGGCAGGGGGGGAUGAGUUAUUUGGGGAGCGGGGUCUCGAGGGUCGUUAAGGGGGGAUGGAUUGAGUGUGGAGAAAUCCGCGGUCCAGAUGGCCAACUUCGCACGGGAAAUGUCUUGGAAGAUGAAAACUUCAUCCACCCGCACGACCCCUACACCCUCCACCUCAUCCCCUCCUCAUCCGGCCCGCACACAUCCACCACACCAUUCAUGAUCACCACGGCCGCGAUGCCCUGCUUCGACAAGCGAUAUGUGGCGUUCGGGCGCGUCCUGGAGGGGCUGGAGACGUUGCUGGCGAUCAACGGGAUUGAGUGUAUUCAUGAGCGGCCGACGAGGGGGAUUAGGAUUAGGGACAUUGAGCAGUGGAAGGAGGAGUAGGUGAUCAUAGCAGGGUAGAGUAGGGUUGGGGGGUUUGACAGGUGCGACCGUUUAUGCGAAGUAUGAUAGGAAGUCUUGGUAGAAUAGGAGGUCGCUUUUGCAGAACAUCGCACUGUGGGUCGGUGUGACCUUGAUGAAUGCAUGCGGGCCUG